AGGCUCGCAUAUCCAAGUUAGAGAGGAGCCUCAGGAGAGCCAGAAUGUUGUACAAGCUGGAACACCACUCUCGAACUAAUCAGCUUAUCUCGCUCUCGUCGCGCUUUCAAGCCAAACUGUCUCGCCUGGAACGCGGUCUUUACGCCCAAUACACUUCUUCUAUAAAGACUGCGCUGGUUAAUCUCGAAAGGAGAUACGAGGAACAGCUCUCCGCCUUUAUGAAACAAGAACGCGAAUACUCUAUCAAUCGCCUUGAUUCACUCGAACAAUUCCUGCAAAAAGCCUCGUACCACCGAUCUAGGCACAUCCAUUCAGUUUCCAAACGCACAGAUGCGCUCGUAUCCACUGUCCGAAAAUACGAACUGCUCAUCCAAGACUAUCAAGCCCUGUGCAACCUUUAUAAAUUAUUUACAAUGCUUCAGCAACAACGCCAGAACCAUCCGAGUUUGCCCUUCGACUGCCAUUGGGAGCAAGUAAAAGAAUCCGGACAAACUAUCCCCUAUCUUAAGAACCUCAUGAUAUCUGUCGCGGACGAAAUGGACCCCGCCUCUAAAGUCGGAAUCGAAUCUCCAGAAAUGCUCCUCAGAGAAUUCAAAGCCACCUCAAAUCGAGCCAAAUACGCGAUUCGAGCUCAGAACACGUUGGAUGCCCUCCUUGACGCCGGUAGGCGCGUCGCGAUCUACCUGAAGACAUUCUGGUACCCAAAUGCCGAAAAACUCGAGAUUCAACAAAGCGCUCUAGCCCAUCGCAUGGAAAGAGUGGCUCUCCUCGAUUUGGAACAAACGUUGGUUAACGAGAGAUACGUGUCGGAAAACAAGAAACUGGAAAUAGGCAUCAAAUUGGUCGAACUGCUCAAAAGCAAAGAUAAAAUGUUCUAUAAAAAUUGGCUAGAAAAGGCUAAAAAUGCAGUCGAAAUCGAAUGUAUCAUGCAAUUACUUCUCGACGAACUAAAUAACUAUACUGAGACCCUUGGUUUUGAAAUUGAACGUCAAAAGCAACUGAUGGAACAAUUGAGUAAAAAUUCUAGCUCGGAUUAAUUGCAUCAGUUCGCGCAAUCCUUGGGAUGCGAGAAAAUUCAAAAAAGGUCAUCGAGAUUGGCCGCCCAUGUAUCUUCUAGAGCUAUAGGAUCGGAAUCCUCUUCGAUGACCCGAAUUUUUUUAUUUAGAGACGAGUGUACAAGCAUUUUGGAAGUAGAUUUUUCGGCUUUGGGCUGAGAAGAAAAGUCAGUUUCAUGUUUUAGGUUAGAUUUGAGCGCAUCCAAUUCGACUGCCGUCACCUGACGUAAAAGACGCAGCGUCUUGAACGAGGAAAACGGACAAAAAGCUAAAAUGUGAGAAAUGAUCAAAACUAUUUUUUUGUGCUCGGUCGAACCAGCUUGAAGAUGGUCAGCGAUCAGAGACAUCAGGCAAGUGGAAGAGAUCCAAUUACAAGUUGCAGGUCCAACCAGAUGGUAUCUUGUAGAAUCAGAGAUUGUGUGUGUGAUCAAAUUCGGCGGUGGUCUUUAUGACUGCCAAGAGCAGGUCGAGUACGUGGAUGCACAAUUUCCCCAUUUUCCACUUGGCCAUGUCCAAGAUGAACUGGAGGAGCCAAAUCAGAUUGUCCGAGGCAAGGAGGUGCUGGAAGUAGAGUGUAGCACCCGAAGCGCCGUCGUGUCUUGAUUUUUUUUCUGAAAGUUGCGACAAAUCGUCUGAGGUCGAGUUUUGUGAUUGUUCCACCGAGAUGAAUUGAGACGUGCAGGGCUCCGAAGUGGACCCCUUUUUGCAGUAGACAAUAGAUUUGAUAAGUGCGAAUAAAUUGUGAUAGAAAAGAUCGAA